CACGCGCCAAAACCCCAGCCACCACCUUCUCCCUCCUCGCCUGCUCCUCCUGUUCCAAACCAAAAUCUCCCAACGAAAAAAAAAACUCGCUUUGCAGGGAGAAUCCUCGAGAAUCAUUAGUGCUUCUGCGCUGACGCGAGACGGAAGAGAGAGAUGUCUGUGCAGUGCGCAGCGCACGCGGUCCGGGCGCUCGCCGCGCUCCCGGCGCCGGCCUCCUCUCGCCUCCGGGCGAGCCGCGUAUCCCUAUCCCUUCCGUCCCGCCGGCCGGGGCGCCCCGUCGCGCCCGUCUGCGCCGCGGAGUCCUCGUCCGCUCCCGCCGCGCAGCCAGCCGCCGCGGCCAGCAAGGCCGUCGUCCCGGACGACGAGUUCUCCCUCGCCAAAGUGUCCUUUGGCGUGAUUGGGCUGGGGCUUGGGAUCUCGCUCCUGUCGUAUGGAUUCGGGUCAUACUUCAACCUUCUCCCCGGGUCUGAGUGGUCCGCUCUGCUACUGACCUACGGGUUUCCCCUCACAAUCAUCGGCAUGGCCCUAAAGUAUGCUGAACUGAAACCAGUGCCCUGCAUAACCUAUGCAGAUGCUCUUGCUCUAAGAGAAAAGUGCGCCACCCCUAUUCUCCAGCAGGUCAGAAGUGAUGUUACGCGUUUUAGAUAUGGUGAUGAACAACACCUGGAGGAAGCGCUACAACGAAUCUUUCAAUAUGGUUUGGGUGGUGGCAUUUCAAGACGUAGUGCACCUAUAUUACAAAAGAUUCGAGAAGAAUGCAGUGAUCAGGCUGUCAACAUAAACUUCAAGGUAACUGAGGAUGGGAAGUACUGUUUAGUACUCGAAUUUGAAGCCAAAGCAUUGGAGCUAUCUGAUUUUGAGAAAAGACAGGCAAAAUUCACCUCCUUUUUUGGUCCUGGCAUUAAGGCAGAAAUUGGAAAAGGUGGCGAUGAUCUAUAUGAAGUCCGUCUUAUCUCAGAGACUACUUAGGAAACACACUUUUGGGACAUGUCCAGUUCCCAUUUUUGACUAAUAUAUGAAAAUAAAUUCUUCUUGCCCCAUUAACUUUGCAUAUAUGAUGUUAGUAGUGUAAAAGUUUUUACAUCGUGCUUAUUCAUAUGGUGCAUUUUUUCGAUAAAGAUUCAUACGGUGCAUGAACAUGUGCACCAAAAAAAAACUGUUGUAGUCGAUGUAAUGGAUUUGAUUGGCAACUUUGUCCAUAAGUAGAAACGGAUUAGCUGUCUUUUUUUUUCUUGGGAAUUCUUGAAUAUGUUAGAUAUAUAUUAGUCUGUGUAA